GACUACUUCUGCGUCUCACGUAAACAUUUCUCCAACUCUUUUUACUCUGUGGUAUCUCCCCGAGAUGUGAUACCGCUAGUGCCACCACCAGAGAGAAACGUCUGGACCCUCCUGCCCAGGUUAUGAAAAGCCCCUUAACCGCCACCGUUUGCUUACCUGGCUCAUCGCCUUCUGGACUUUGUAUCUUUGCUGAAGUCAGUGAUGUGAAAACACCUGACAUGGAUGAUACUGCUGAUAGGAUGAGGAUGGAUGCUGGAGAAGUAACUUUAGUGAACCACAACUCCAUAUUCAAAACCCAUCUCCUGUCACAAACAGGUUUUCCAGAGGACCAGCUUUCACUUUCUGACCAUCAGAUUUUACCUUCCAGGCAAGGAAAUUUGGACCGAUCUUAUACUUGUUCUACAAGAAGUGCAGCUUAUCCAAAUUAUUAUUCAGACAACCCUUCCUCAGACAGUUUUCUUGGCUCAGGAGACCUAAGAACCUUUGGCCAGAGUGCAAAUGGCCAGUGGAGAAAUUCCACUCCAGCAUCAGGUUCAACUUUACAAAAAUCAAGAAACAGCCGAAGUCUUUACCUCGAAACCCGAAAGACCUCAAGUGGAUUAUCAAACACUUUUACAGGAAAGUCAAACCAUCACUGUCAUGUGUCUGCAUAUGAAAAAUCUUUUCCUAUUAAGCCUGUUUCAAGUCCAUCUUGGAGUGGUUCAUGUCGUCGAAAUCUUUUGAGCCCCAAGAAAACUCAGAGGCGACACAUUAGUACAGCAGAAGAGACAGUUCAAGAGGAAGAACGAGAGAUUUACAGACAGCUGCUACAGAUGGUCACAGGGAAACAGUUUUCUGUAGCCAAACCCACCACACACUUUCCUUUACACUUGUCUCGAUGUCUUAGUUCCAGUAAGAAUACUUUGAAAGACUCACUGUUUAAAAAUGGAAGCUCUUGUGCAACCCAGAUCAUUGGCUCUGAUACUUCGUCAUCUGGAUCGGCCAGUAUUUUAACUGCCCAGGAACAAUUGUCCCACAAUGUGUUUCCCAUAUCAUCUUAUACCCCAGAUGUUGUUGCAUUUGGAUCCAAAGAUUCUGAUCCUCUCCAUCAACCCCAACAUCACCACUCUCUUUCACAUCAGCCAGAUAACUUACCAACUUCAAAUACACAAUCUGAAGGAUCAGACUCUGUGAUUUUACUCAAAGUGAAAGAUUCCCAGACUCCAACUCCCAGUCCUACUUUUUUCCAGGCAGAGCUGUGGAUCAAAGAAUUGACUAGUGUUUAUGAUUCUCGAGCACGGGAAAGAUUGCGCCAGAUUGAAGAGCAGAAAGCACUGGCAUUACAGCUUCAAAACCAGAGACUGCAGGAACAAGAACAUUCAGUACAUGAUUCAGUAGAACUGCAUCUUCGUGUGCCUCUUGAAAAGGAGAUUCCUGUCACGAUCGCCCAAGAAACAGGAAAAAAAGGUCAUAAAUUAACACAGAGCAUAGACGAAUUUCCUGAAAUCACAGAGGAAAUGGAGAAAGAAAUAAAGAAUGUAUUUCGUAAUGGGAACCAGGAUGAAGUUCUGAGUGAAGCAUUCCGCUUGACUAUUACACGCAAAGAUAUUCAAACUCUAAAUCAUCUGAACUGGCUCAAUGAUGAGAUCAUCAAUUUCUACAUGAAUAUGCUGAUGGAGCGAAGUAAAGAGAAGGGAUUGCCAAGUGUGCAUGCAUUUAAUACCUUUUUUUUCACUAAGUUAAAAACGGCUGGUUAUCAAGCAGUGAAACGUUGGACAAAGAAAGUGGAUGUCUUUUCUGUUGACAUUCUUUUGGUGCCCAUUCACCUGGGAGUGCACUGGUGUCUUGCUGUUGUAGACUUUAGAAAGAAGAAUAUUACCUAUUACGACUCCAUGGGUGGGAUAAACAAUGAAGCCUGCAGGAUCCUCUUGCAAUACCUGAAGCAAGAAAGCAUUGACAAGAAAAGGAAAGAGUUUGACACCAAUGGCUGGCAACUCUUCAGCAAGAAAAGCCAGGAGAUUCCACAGCAGAUGAAUGGAAGUGACUGUGGCAUGUUUGCCUGCAAAUAUGCUGACUGCAUUACCAAAGACAGACCAAUCAACUUCACACAGCAACACAUGCCCUACUUCCGGAAGCGGAUGGUCUGGGAAAUCCUCCACCGAAAGCUCUUGUGAAGACUGUCUCAAUUAGCAGACGUGGACUUGUGGGAGACCAGCUCUUUGUUGUCUACGGCCAGAGACCUUGGAAACAGCUGCUCCCAACCCUCUGUUCUUGUAAAGUCCUUGAUCCUGGACCAGGCCCUGGAGAGAUGCACUCACAAGCACAUCUGCCUUUCCUUUUGUAUCUCAGAUACUAUUUUUGCAAAGAAACUUUGGUGCUGUGAAAGGGGUGAGGGACAUCCCUAAGCUGAAGAGAGAGACUGCUUUUCACUUCUUCAGUUCUGCCAUCUUAUUUUCAAAGGGCUCCAGCCUCACUCAGUCUCUAAUUAGGGGCCUGAGAGAAGCUUGGAAAGACUAUUGAUUUCAUGUAAACUCUUGUUGUUAGGCCUUACUAAGAGGUAGGAAAGGACGUGGGCAAAAAGGUAGGGAUGAAAACCACCAGCAUAUACACGCACACAUACAUACACACAGGAUUUUCAAGAUAUGUCACUGGAAAGUGACUGUAAACUGGACUUUGGGGCACCUGCGUAAUUCCCUCCUCCAGGACUUCUCCUAUUUAUAUGCCCCUUGGUGAAAUCCGUCUGCUUCUGUACAAGGCUGUUUUAUCAUCUGUAGCUUCUUCCUCUCCUGAGGCACAACACGUGAGCCCUGGAUGGACCCCAAAGUCCCAGGCAGUCCUUUCCUUAAAAGCAGAGGCUUGCAUGUGCUCACAACACAUGAUAUGGGGAAGACCCACCCAGGGAGCGGUUUAGUGGAGCGACAAGGCACCACUUUUACUGCUAACUACUUCUGACCAAGAAGAAGGACCUCAGUCUUUAGCAUAAAAUUCCAGCAUUGGAUGAAUGCAGGUCUAGUUUGGUCUGUGGCUAGCUAGUUUAAAUAUGUUUCUAACCACAGAGAAUUUAAUAUAUAUAUAUAUAUUUCACAGGGAUGUUUUUUUUUUUU